AUGGCAGAGAAGGAGCAUAGUCCAUUGUUUGAGACAAAGAGAGCAAAAGGAAGAGUCUUUUACAAAGUGUUUAGUUUGUCACUGUUUGUGGGGAUAUGCUUCAUCUGGGUUUACAGAGUGAGUCACAUACCCAGAGAAGGUGAAGAUGGAAAAUGGGGUUGGAUUGGGAUGUUCUGUGUUGAACUAUGGUUUGGUCUUUACUGGCUCCUCAGACACCCUUUCAGAUGGAACCCUCGGUUCAGAGAACCUUUCAGAGAUAGACUAUCACAAAGGUAUGAGGAGGUGUUGCCAAAAGUGGACAUAUUUGUGUGCACAGCAGAUCCAGUGAUAGAGCCAGCAGUGAUGGUGAUAAACACAGUGUUAUCAGUUAUGGCUUAUGAUUAUCCACCAGACAAACUCAGUGUGUAUCUUUCAGAUGAUGCUGCAUCAGACAUUACCUUCUAUGCUCUCUUUGAGGCUUCCAUCUUUGCCAAACAAUGGCUUCCUUUCUGCAGAAAAUUCAAGGUCGACCCCACCUCACCUGCUGCUUAUUUCAAGACCAUUGCCUCGUCAACUCAUUCAAGUUCUCAUGCCAAAGAAUUACUCACAAUCAAGAAAUUAUACCAAGAUAUGGAAAGUCGCAUAGAAAAUGCAGGCAAGAUGGGAAGAGUACCUGAAGAACUACACUCAAAGCAUAAAGGAUUUUCUGCUUGGGAUUCUUAUUCUUCUCGAUCAGACCAUGACACAAUUCUUCAAAUAUUACUUGAUGGAAAGGACUCGAGUGCCAAAGAUGUGGAUGGGAAUGUUAUGCCUAUAUUGGUUUAUUUGGCUCGCGAGAAGAGACCUCAAGUUCCACAUAACUUCAAAGCUGGAGCCAUGAAUUCAUUGUUAAGAGUGUCAUCAAUGAUUAGCAACGGGGAAAUUAUCCUUAAUGUAGAUUGUGACAUGUACUCAAACAAUUCCCAGUCUCUAAGGGAUGCACUUUGCUUCUUAAUGGAUGAAGAUCAAGGCCGUGAAAUUGCCUUUGUGCAGACUCCACAGUGUUUUGAGAAUAUCACGAAGAAUGAUAUAUAUGGUGGUGCUCUGCAAGUAGUUUAUGCGAUGGAAUUCCAUGGUAUGGAUGCACUUGGUGGGCCUCUGUAUAUUGGAACUGGCUGCUUUCACAGAAGAGAGAUACUGUGUGGAAGAAAGUUCAAUAACCAAUACAAGAAAGAUUGGAAUGGAUGCAAGAAUAUUGAUCAUAUGAAAGAAGCAAGCUUGCAUGAACUGGAAGAAAAAUCAAAGGCUCUUGCUAGUUGUACCUAUGAGAAAAACACUUUAUGGGGAAAAGAGAUGGGACUGUUAUAUGGCUGCUCAGUAGAGGAUGUGGUGACAGGAUUGUCUAUUAAAUGCAGAGGAUGGAAAUCAGUGUACUAUAAUCCUCAAAGGAGUGCUUUCUUAGGUGUAGCUCCAACCACCUUGCCACAAGUACUAGUUCAACAUAAGAGAUGGUCUGAAGGAGGCUUUCAAGUUUUGCUUUCUAAGUAUAGUCGUGCAUGGUAUGCUUAUGGAUUCAUCAAUCCAGGCCUCCGAAUGGCAUAUUGUUACUAUAACCUAUGGGUGACUCUUUCUUGGCCAACUCUCUAUUACUGCAUCAUCCCUUCACUCUAUCUCCUCAAAGGCAUUCCCUUGUUUCCACAGAUGUCAAGUCCAUGGUUUAUACCCUAUGCAUAUGUCAUGCUUGGCGAUUCCUCUUACUGCCUGAUGGAGUUUUUGUGGUCAGGAGGCACAGUCAAGGGUUGGUGGAAUGACCUACGGAUAUGGCUAUACAAGAGAACAAGCUCUUACCUCUUUGCUUUCGUAGAUACCAUCUUGAAGAUUUUUGGAUUUUCAGAAUCAACCUUUAUAGUAUCUGCAAAGGUGGCAGAAGAAAAUGUUUCCCAACGAUAUGAGAAAGAAGUCAUGGAGUUUGGAAACUCAUCCCCAAUGCUGACUUUACUAGCAACACUUGCAUUGCUCAAUUUGUUUUGCCUUCUUGGCACCUUCAUAAAGCAAGUGUUCAUCAUUGAAGGGGGUCUCAGAAUUUUUGACACAAUGGCAUUGCAAGUUCUACUAAGUGGGGUUUUGGUUCUCAUCAACAUACCUGUGUACCAAGGACUCUUCCUAAGAAAAGACAAGGGAAGAUUACCAAUAUCUGUUGCAGUUCAAUCCACAACAUUGGCUCUAAGUGCAUGUGUCCUCUUCAUUUCCACACGUUAG